CUCUACUUCUCUGAUCAUCCACACUUCAAAAUAUGCAGGCAUAGAGCUGGUAUGACCUAUUUAGUGUUAUGCAAGAAUAUGGACACAACUAUACCGCUGACUCAGCGUGACACCACCGCGGAAGUUCGGACCGCGAAUGACUUCAACUUCUUCUUUACAGCAUCACAACACAUCGGAAGACACAAACACAAUGAAGCCUCUCCAGCGACCAUCCCACAUACUCAGUGCUGCGCGCACAUCCACUCCACGAGUCACACAACCAGGAACCCGCCUCUUCUGGAGCUCCACCAACAAUGCUUCCAGCAAUGCCUCUAACACCUCCACCAACAGCAACACCGCCACAGAAAAGAAAACCUACAAACUAAAUCCCCGGCAAAAAACCUUCCUCGACCGCGCCCUCCGCGUCAACCAGGCAGGCGAACUAGCCGCCACCCUCAUCUACGCCUCGCAAUCGCCUCUCAUCACCCGGUCCCAGCCCCACCUCCGCCCCCUCAUGAAACACAUGUACGACCAGGAAGCAUCGCACCUGUCGACCUUUAACAACCUCCUCGCCACCCACCGCGUUCGUCCCACGGCAAUGACACCCGUCUGGCGCGCCGCUGCUUCCUUUCUCGGUUGGUCGACGGCUUGUCUUGGCCGGGAGGCUGCCAUGGCUUGUACGGAGGCUGUGGAGACGGAGAUUGGCACGCAUUAUAAUGACCAGGUGAGGGAGAUUAUCUCCUGGGAGAAGGAUGCUGAGUCGAAGGGGGAGGUGCUUGAUGAGGAGAUUGCGAGCUUGGUGGCUUCUUUGAGGAGGAUUCGCGAUGAGGAGCUCGAGCAUUUGGAUCAUGCGGUGGAACAUGAUGCCAAGAUGGCGACGCCGUAUGAUCCGCUUGUCGGGGUCAUUCGUGCCGGGUGUAGGGGGGCGAUUGAGAUUUCGGAGAGGGUUUGACCUGUAUUAUAAUCUUUCUUUUGGGUCUUUUGAUUGUCGUUGUAGCGUG